AUGAAAGUCCUCUUGCUUAUACUAUUGCUAGCUGUUUGCAUAGAUGGAGAAGACUUUUUCAAAAGCAAACUCGGAAAGAAAAUAAAAGACAUCGUGGAUAAAAUCAAAACUCACCUAAAUGUCACUGCUCUCCUCAAAAUUCGUGAAAAAUUCCUUCACAUGAGAAAGCAAGCAAAAGCAGAACUAGCCCUUUCACCUGAGAAGAGAGAGGAAUUUGAAAAACUGGCGAAGAACGUAGCUCUCAUCCAGAAGAAUCACGUACAGAAGAGUGGUGACUCAAUUUCAGAAAUUAAUGAAAACACUGGAAUGGGAGAGUUGUUGUUCCAAGGGGACAUCGUGUUGACAGAACCACAAGCCGACGAACUCGUCGAAUCAUUCGAGCAUGAAGGCGGUAACCGCACAAAACGUCAGGCAUUCAAAGAUCGUAAUUAUCCGCGAACACUAUGGGCGGAUGGCGUUAACUACUUCUUCGAUCCCAGUGCAACUCCUUCGAUGCGAAGUGUAUUCGUAAAGGCCACCAAAGAGUGGAGCAAAAAUACGUGCAUCGACUUUCGCGAGAAUAGACAAGCUCCGAACAGGAUCCGUCUCUUCAAGGAAAAUGGCUGCUGGUCUUACAUUGGUAAUCUUAACCGUCAACAAGAACUCUCCUUGGGAGACGGAUGUGAUUCGAUCGGAACGGCGGCGCACGAACUUGGUCAUGCCAUUGGCUUCUGGCACACUCAUUCGAGGCUUGAUCGCGAUAGCUUCAUCACGUUUAACCCACAAAAUGUUAAACCAUCUUGGUUGGAUCAAUUCAGAAAAGAAACUCCGGAAACGAACGACAACUAUGGAAUAACUUACGAUUAUGGAAGCAUUAUGCAUUACGGAGCAAAUAGUGCAUCGGGUAACGGCCGCCCUACUAUGGUCGCCCAUGAUGCAAAGUACACUGAGACGCUCGGCAGCCCCUUCAUUUCUUUCUACGAGUACCUCAUGAUCAACAAGCACUACGAAUGCGACAAGAAAUGUAGUGGCGGUUCUGCACAGUGCAAAAUGGGUGGAUUCCCAAAUCCCCGCGAUUGCUCGAGUUGUGUUUGCCCAAGUGGAUACGGAGGCAAACUAUGUGACGAAAGACCAUCUGGAUGCGGAGAAGUGCUUCAGGCAAAAAAAGAGCCGCAGCUCUUCGAAGGUGAAAUAGGAGAUAAAAGUAAGGGGGGUAAGCCGAGAGAAGACAUGAUGAUUUGUAAUUACUGGAUUCAGGCACCCCAGGGAUCAAAAGUUCAGCUCACAAUCAAAUCAUUGUUCAAAGGGGUCGCUGUAAAUGGGUGUUCAUACUGGGGAGUUGAACUGAAGACCCAUAAGGACCAACGUCUUACCGGCUAUAGGUUCUGCUCUCCAGAGGAUGCUGGAGUGACAUUAGUGUCAGACAGUAACAUUGUCCCUGUGAUCACAUACAAUAGAAUCUAUGCAACUUCGUACGCCAUAGAAUAUAAAAUCGUGUGA